ACGGGAAAUGACAACACAACCCGGAAAACUGUGAGAGGUGCUCAACUGUUAAUAAGAUAUGGAUGAGCGUUACUACACGGUGACGAAGGAGCAGACUGCCGUGAAAGCCAAGUACCCGGCUGUGGUGAAGAAGCAUGAAUAUUUGGACCACACUGCUGACGUACAACUACAUGCUUGGGGGGAAACAUUGGAGGAAGCAUUUGAACAAUGUGCCAUGGCUAUGUUCGGCUACAUGACUGAUAUAGAGACUGUGUCGCCUAUAGAUACAGUAGAAGUGGAGGCUGAAGGGGGUGAUUUGCUCUCUUUACUGUAUAACUUCCUAGACGAGUGGCUCUAUAAGUUCAGUGCUGAUCAGUACUUCAUACCUCGGGAGGUGAAAGUGCUACACAUAGACAGAAUGAAUUUCAAGAUCCGUUCGAUUGGGUGGGGAGAAGAAUUUAGUUUAUCUAAGCACCCACAGGGCACAGAAGUGAAAGCCAUUACAUAUUCAGCCAUGCAGAUCUGUGAAGAAGAGAAGCCUGAGGUUUUCGUCAUUAUAGAUAUUUGAAGUUUACUAGAAUUCUCCUCGAUCAUUAGAGACAGCAGAGAUUCCUCGGAACAACCAUGGAGAUGGAUGCCUUACCUUCUGCACUGGACACUUUUAUACCAUGAUUUAGGAAACUAUAUGGUGUUUGCAUGGUGGUGGAAAUUAAUCUGUACUAGUAAGGGCAGGUUCUCACCAGCACUAGGAAUUCUGUUUUGCUCCGUCCUAAUACAUGUCUACGGGCACAAAUAAUGGUUCCAUUAUAUAUAUAUAUUUUCCUCUUCCUCCCCCCCCAUCAUCAUGUAUAACGUAACUGUUAUUUGUGCCUGUAGACCUGUAUUAGGAUGGAGCAAAACGGAAUUCCUCUUAAAGGGUUCCGUUAUAAUGGAAUUUCUAGCGCUGGUGCGAAUCUGUCCUAAGAGGACUAUAUUUGAGGCAGGUGUCCACGUUCAGGUUUUCUGAUGCAGCUACGAGUGAAUAAAUGAUUUAGGCUUUCUUU